CACUCUAGACUAACGGCGAGCAGGGCUGCACGCACUUACAGAACUCUGCAGCAGAAUGAGCUUGCGGGCUACCGCACCUUCCUGGUUCCCACCAGGGCAUUCACAGGCUCAGAAGGUGGAGGCAGUUGGUGUAAUCCUGCAUCCAAGUCUGCCCCGGAAUUGCUCUCAGGCUCCGGGGUUUAUUUUUAACCAGGCGCAACCUCUGAGAAGAGGCUCAGAAGUGCCUUCUGCCAGGCUCAAGACCACCCAAGAGGCCCAGCGAAAACUAGCCAGCUGCCAGCAGUCUGCCCCACCGCCACCAGCUAAGAAGCCUUCUUCAGUCCACUCCCCUGGUGGCAAAAGGAAGAUCCACGUUCCUGGCCCCAAGUUGGCAACAGCUCCCAUGGAUGCAAAGAAGUCUCUAGCGGCUAGCAGCAGCCAGGCCGCUGAAGGCGCUCAGCGCCUGAAGACGCGUAUGUCACCAGGGGUGGCUUCCGAGACCUCCUCCAACACUACUGCCACGCAAGUCGCCCAUGGACAGUCUUUACAGAAAUUCCAGAAAGAGUUUGGGGGCAAAACCCCUACAGCAGUCCGUCGACACUACUUUGGCCUCUUCUCUGAGGAGUGCCUGAAGUUCUGCUCAACGCCGCUGGAGGCCCUGAAAAAGGCAUGGAUGGAAGAGAAAGUGAUCUUCGACCGCAGUCCCUCUAAGAACGCCUACCUGUGCGACGCUGGGCACACACUCAAGACGCUGAGGGGCCUGGUCCCCAGCGGUCUGCCUGGUCUCAAUAGGGCCACCCUGCACAGACGCCUCUGCCGGUACCUGCUCACAGAGGAUGAGCGCAAGGCGAACAGCUACCCCUUCUCAGACCCGGAGCGGCCAGGACAUGCAGUGCUUUUCACGGUGGAGGACAAGCGCCAAAACUCCCACCGCAGAACCUGUUGCCGCUGCGGCACCGAGUACCCAGUGUCCCCGUGGGGGCUUUGCGUGAGCCCAGAGCAGUGUUACUACCACUGGGGCCGGCCGUGGAGGAAGUUCCUGGCCAGAGGCUGGGAGAACCAGUACACGUGCUGCUCGGCAGCCGUCGGCUCCGUGGGCUGCCAGGUCGCCAAGCAGCAUGUGCACGACGGCAGGAAAGACGACCUCGAAGGGUUUGUGACGACUGCGGCCAAAGGACCUUCGCAAGACGCCCACCCAGGUAUUUAUGCCCUGGACUGUGAGAUGUCUUUCACUACCCACGGCCUAGAGCUUACUCGUAUCUCUGUGGUAGAUUCAGACAUGCGCGUGGUUUAUGACACUUUCGUCAAGCCGGACCACGAGAUCGUGGACUACAACACCAGGUUUUCCGGUGUGACCGAGGCGGCCCUUGCUCGCACAAGUGUGACGCUUCGGGAUGUGCAGGCUUUCCUGUUGACUAUAUUGAGCGCGGACAGCAUUCUUAUCGGACAUAGCCUGGAGAGCGAUCUUCUGGUGUUGAAGAUGAUCCAUCCCUUGGUGGUGGAUACGUCCCUGCUCUUCCCCCACCGCUUGGGCCUCCCCUACAAGCGCUCUCUGCGGAGCCUUGUGGCUGACUACCUCCACGAGGUCAUCCAGGACAAUCCUGCCGGGCACAGCUCCCGCGAGGACGCCAGCGCCUGCAUGCGCCUGGUGGCCUGGAAGAUAGUGGAAGACGCGGGCCAGAGCAGCUGGGACCCUGGCUCGCCGCCUCCACCACCGCCACCAUCUCUCACCUCUUCUGUAGCCCAAGCCUGCCCUUGGCCUGGGUCUCCACCAAACACAGCAUCCCCAAAGCCAGUACCGCAGCCUGCUGCCCCAGCAACCUGGAACCAAGAUAUGGAGGAGCCAGCAGCUUCAGGUUCAGGGAGCAGAUCGCUACAUAACAUCAACGCCUGAGCCCCGAGCCUUGAGCACUGGGCCAUUCCUUGGGCCCCUGGGGCCAACUGUUUAUCCCUCCCAGACCUCUACCCUCUCUGAGACAGCUCCCCCAGUCCGCCAGCCCCACCCUCAACUCUCCAGCCCUGCCCUGGUUCUCCACCAACCCCCAAUCCACACCAGCACACCCUCCCCACCCACCCAUCUCCCACAAAUUCUCAAGCCCUGCCUGGCAGCCUGCCAGCUCCCCUAGCUACCCUUCCCUCUCAGGUCCUAUUCUGGUCGCCAGGCAGAGACAGACAGAUCUGACCAGCCUUCUUUUAGUUUUUUUGUUUAUUCUUGGUGCUAUGUAUUGAACCUAGGGCUGUCACACUGAGCCACAUCCCCAGCCCUUUUAAAACUUUUCUUUUGAGUCGGGUUUCUCCAGGUCUCUGAAUUGCUGGGGCUGGGGUUGAACUUGGGGUCCUCCUGUCCCAGUGAGAAUUACAGUUGUGUGUCACAAUGCCUGCUUUUGCCUCUGCUUUUUAGGGGACGUGGGGUUGGAAACAGGCAAGGUAGACAUGUCCAAGGUUUGGGGCAUGAGUUGUUCUUUUAAAACAUUUUAUGGUGUUGAUUUUACUGUUUAUAAUUUACAUCUGAUGACUUGCACAGUUGCCCUCUUCUAUCAGAGGGAUGUAAGGCCCAACUUUCUCUCUUAAGGGUGAGAAAAUUAAUUGUACACACCUUACUAAAAUAGAGUUGAGGAAAUACUGUUGGCUUGCUCCAGAAUUCUUUCAGAGAACUAAAGGAAACAGCCACCCUAUCUUAUUUGUUGUUUUGUUUUAUGUUUUUCCAGUACUGGGGAUUGAACCCAAGGCCUUCACAAUGAGCUACAUCCUCAGCCCUUUUUAAUUUUGCAAUAGGGUCUUGUUAAAUUGUCUGUGGUUGGCCUAAACUUGCAAUUUUCCUGCUUCACCUUCCCAGGUUACUGGGAUUACAUGCCUUUACCCCUACCCUGGUGUCUAGUUUAUCUUUAAGACUACUUUUACUUAGCAACUGCCAGCUAGAACCUUAACACUAACUUUACACAGUAACUGCCAUGGCUGAAUUAGCCAUCUUUUAGAAGCCCUGAUUAUGCCGAAGAACUUUUGCUUUUUUUUUCUGGCACUGGGGAUCAAACUGAGGGGUGCUCUACCACUGGGUUAUAUCCCCAGCCAUUUUGUACUCUUUAUUUUGAGGCAGUGCUGAGUGGUCUAGACAAACUCAGAAUCUCAGUCCUUCUGCCUCAGUCUCCCUCAGUGUUAGGAUUAUAAGUGUGGCUGCCAAUGAACUUUUGUUAAAAUAACUUGUACAUUUUUCUGUCCUAAUAAACCCCCUAAGCUUUCCUGUGUUCUGUGGCUAACCUACCACAGACUGUAUGUGUGUCCAGGGUUUCAAUUUUCUUUAUUAA